AUGUUUUUCCAUAAUUGCCACUUUAAUGCAGUUUUGGCUGUCUUCGCCGCCUGCUUUGUCGUAACGGCACGUGGCAUAUUCUAUCGGGAAUGCAUUGGCGCCGAAAAGAGUCAGAAAUUCGUUGGUAGUCAGGACAAUUGUGCCAAGUACAUCUACUGCGAUGGCAAUAAUUCGUUCGAAGGUGAGUGUCUUGAUGAUAACUUUUUCAAUGUGACUGAGGGUAAAUGCGCUGAACGUACAGCGGUUGUGUGCAAGAUUGGUGAGCAGGCGAAUAUGGAAGGAAGGAAUCAAGGGAGUGAAAACAGUCAAGGCAGUCCAGCCAGUGCGAGCCUAUGGGAUGGCGGACGUGUGAACGGCGUUAACAUGGGCAAUUUCUUUAACACCACUACCAAUUCCAAUAGCAACAACAACAAUAUUAAUAAUAAAAAUAUGAAUAGCAACAUCAACUGGAAUGCCAUUGUGGGCCCUUCGAGCAUUCAGCAGCAGCAACAGGCAAAACAGCAACAAAUGCAAUCGGCAUGGCUUGCGGGUGGCAUUGUCGAUAGUGCGCCGGUAAUAGGCUUAGCGCAAAAUGCCAUUGAUAUGGGCAACACUGGCGCCAACACAAACGAGGCUGACCAGUCGCCGCAGUGCCCAAUCAGCUACGGCUUACAAAACGUUAUCUACUUGGCCAACGCCAGGUCUUGCGCAACCUACUUUACCUGCUAUAAUGGCAUUGCCAUACCGAUGAUAUGCCCGCGCCACACCUAUUUUAAUGAGGCGACGUCACGUUGCGAUCACCAGGACAACGUCUACUGUCCGCUACAUCGUCCGGUGCGUCUGAUUUGCAAUCGCGGCGUCUAUGAUUAUAUGCCACAUCCGCGCAAUUGUGGCUACUACUAUUUCUGCUCCAAUGGCUAUUUGAUGAUCUUCCAAUGCCCAUUCCAGUAUAUGUGGCAUUACGAGCGUCGUACCUGUGUGCAUCGUUCGCAGGCGAAAUGUUUUUCCGGCGCAAUUGCGGAGGCGAUGCUCGGUUAG